AUGAUAUCAGUUCAACCUCAUGAGGAAGCUCCCAGCCUGGCUCAGGAUCGCUCGGCUAUCAUGGAUGACGACGCAGAACAUAUGGUCCAGCAAGUACAAGCGGCAGCAGGCGAGAGUACCGCAUCAGUCUUGCCAGCUCCAGACUCACAGGCCACGAGGGCUGAGGACAGGUCUUUGAUGAAUACCAGCUGGGUAGCGCAAGAUCCUGCAUCAGUGUCGCCCUACAAUUACCAUGAUCAGAGAAUGGUUGCACCUUAUGUUGGAAGAGAUCCGCCUUCGCUACCAGCGACAAACUGGCUGCCGUAUACUAACGGAAUGGAUUGGGACUUCGACUUUUAUAUGACUCAGGCGUUAAACAACUUCUCUCCAAUCAUGGGAAUGCACCAAUCUACUAUCUGGUCGCCCACCAGUGGCAAUCCUCUGGACAAUAACAACAUCAAUACCAACACGAGUCCUGAAGGUGGGAGUAAGGGGUCUGUUGCAGAAGAAUCUCCUGCGGUGUCUAUUACCAACUCUGCGACAUCUUCAAAACGGCAUGGAACAUUCUAUGCUGACGGAGAAGUGAGCCGACUGGCAAGACACCGCAACGCCGAAAUCUCACACAUAGGUAUCAUGGGAAAUGGACUUGACUUCAGUCCUAUCGAAACAGAACCGCUAAACACAGAAACUUCUUUUCGGCCAAUCAUUCCACACCACACUUACAACCGCAUACUGGAACGCUUCGACGACUUAUGCAUGACUGAAAACCUAGUCCUUUUUUUCGAGAGAUUCCGAUCUGACCGCUUUCCUUCUCGCCAAGCUCUGGAAACAUGUAUCGAGUCUUACUUUGAAAACACCAGCACGAUAUUUCAGGUUGUCCACCAGGCAACAGCAACACUAGAGGGCGAGAGCGACUGGAUUCUUUGUUUGGCGUUGGCUGCCAUGGGUGCUGCCACGUCAUCGUCUGUACCAUUGGUGACCAAUGCUGAGGCCUUGAGGACCUUCCUGCAGCGAGCCAUCAUCACACGAAACAUGUUCGUUGAACGCACCAGAAGCGUGCCAGAGCUUUCUUUCAUGCAGGCUUGUAUCAUCUAUGAUGUACUAGAGCUUCAUUUACAGCAUAACAUCAAUGAAGAGGCCUUGGCUGGCACUCGAUCAUUCUCAGAUCACUGCACCAACGUCAAGAGAUCUCGUUGGCUGAAUUUGCACGAGCCACUUUGGGACGACACUUGGACAGAAGAAAAUUGGAAAGCAUGGGCCCAUCGCGAAAGUCAGCGAAGAGUGGCAUACUGUGCAUGGCAGCUUGACAGUUGGUACUUUUUGACAUCUGGCAAAAAUCUCUCUGCAAACUUCUCCCUUGGCGAUGUUCAGACAAACCUGCCUGUUCAUGAAGCUUUGUGGGUGGCGACAUCGCUGGGAGAAUGGAUGAAUCUCAAGGCAACGCACAAACAGCCGAUGGGCUUGACCCCCUUGCUAACGUCGAUCUAUCAGCAGCAGCCGCUUUCCCAGGAGCUCGGUGACUUCGCACAGACGAUCGCCGUCCAUGCAGUCUGCCGGCGGACAAUGGAAGUGGGAUCCCACAUCCUCGAUCCGUUGGCCGGCCUUGACGCGGGGCAACAACAGCGCGGCGAGUCCGUUAGAGACAUCUAUUGGCUGCCCUCGGAUCCGGAGUACCAAAAGUGGCGCAACAAAGCUCUGGAUUGUCUGGACACCUUACACUGGGGAACGCACGGUGUCAUAGCUCGCCUCCAAGGUCUCGAGCCACCGGCAGUCUUGCACUUGCAUCUGUCGCGAUUGGUCCUGCUGGUUCCUUACCAAGACGUUUAUGAUCUAAUGUCCGAAGUCGUCUCAUCACACGGCAACAGUUCAUCAUUCGCUCAUGGUGGUAACUCUCGCUCGCGACGAGAAGAUCUUGUAGCCAAGAUUUGGUUGUGGAUCUCCAAAGAUCAUUACAAAUCCAGACUAGCUAUUGUGCACGCUGGAGCUAUGUUUUGGUACAUUCGGCACCACGGUACAGGCAACAUUCUUGAGCCUACCAGUCUCUUCAUGUCUAGCGUCAUAUUGUGGGCUUACGGUUCUUUCGUGCCCCUUUUGCAAGCCUCGACCGACGAACAUCAUCCUGCAACUUCUCGUGUGGACACGGAUGAGGAAUACGACCCGAAGAUGAUACAGAUUGAUCGGCCUUGCGACGAUGAGCUCAUUCAAAUAUUCAUUCGCAGAGGAAACUCCAUGCAGCCGCACAUGUUGGGCGUAGGGAAUAUCUGCCAGCCCGGUGGAGCGCUCGGUGUGCUCAAGGUUGGUGCAAGACUGAUCAAGAAUCGAUGCUCUGCAUGGCCGAUCUCCAAGACAUACGAGAAUCUGCUUCUUCAUUGCGCUCAGGUAUCGGCGAGGACUUCAUAG